AUGACUACGAAUGAGAAUUCUAAUAUGAUUGCAGCCUCCCUAAAUGACUUAGCACCAAGUGAAAAUUUUGGACAGUUUGCUGUUCCUCCCCCUCCUCUUCCAUCCACUAAUAAUUCCGACUAUUUUACAAUAAGCAAUAGAGAUCAGGAAUCCUUAUAUAGCAGAGAUCAAAAUUCCUUCUUUUCUGAUGGAUCAGGCCUGCAAAAGAUAAACCAGGGUUGUGCGCACAUAACGGAUCUUGGGCUUUGCAAAACUGAUGACCAAUGUGACAGUCUUGACAUUAAUGAUAUUGGCUUGAGUUUUGAGAGUAGUUAUGAAAUGUUUGGGAAUUCACAAGGUCAGCCAAGAUACAACUGCGAGGAUGGACGAAUUGCCAGCCAAUUAAUGGAGAAAAACUUGUACGCAACCGAAUCAAAUAGCACACUUAUUGAAAGUGCAAUGGAGGCAUCCUCAUCAGGGCAGCAAGAUUUCAGGGUUUUUCAUCAGCCUUUAUCAAAAAUAACUGCUGGUUCGAGUAAUUUAAUGCAGACGAGUAGUAGUGCUAAUUUUACGCUUAUGAACCCAGCAGCUGCAUGCAACAGAUCAGGAUUAGGAUUUCCAGAUGGUCAACUUCCUUCAACCAUAUCACUCUCACUCUUCAAUAUCACAGGAGAAAGUUGUGCUGCUGUUUAUCAGGAUUGUGUACUGUCACCUGUGUUUCUUAAAGGAGAUAAUUCCCUCUGGGAGUCAAACUUAGAAGCGAGUUGUCCGCGGGCAAGAGAGAAAGCCAAGAUAAGAUACAAUGAAAAGAAGAAGAAACGAAAGUAUAUAUUUUUUCGCUCUUUCCUUCCCUAUAAGAUAUGCUUCUCGCAAAGCCAGAGCUGA